AUGGAGUCCCACUCAGCAAAAUCACUUUGCUGCACGCAAUCUAUGCGUUUGCUGAGCAGGUCUGGCUACACCAAGGGGUACCAAGGGAAGCGGAUCGGGAACACCACUGUGAAGGACGUGCCCUACGAAUUCGUGGUGGGAUCUGGGCAGGCCAUUGCGGCAUUUGAGGAGGCGGUGUCCACGAUGAAAGUGGGAGGCAUCCGCCGCGUGGAGAUCCCGGGUGCGCGGCCCGAGCUCGGCUACUCGCUCAACCGCGCCGAGCGGUUCACGGACGAGCUCAUCAGCCCAGACCUGAAGAUCUUCAAGUGA